UAUAUUUCUGUGACAUACGUCAAAACAUUUAUCGCACCCAUCUGUUUAAAAAUAGUGAAUCUAAAUUAAAAGUUUCAUAAAAAAAUUACACAAAAAUCUUCUAAAUCUUUAAAUUAUGGAAUAAAUGAAUUCAAAUUAAAGUUAAAAUGAAUUCAUCCACAUCUUUCUACACAUAUUUAUCAGACGUUCAGGCAGAAGCAGGGACAUGCCUCGAAAAAAAUCGUACAUUAAUAUUCAUCAGCACGUAUGAAGGUAUCCCGGAAACAUUGCUGCUCAAUUUUAUCGGAUGGCUCAUCUUGGUACUUUUAUUCACUGUACUGCGGAAAAAAGCAUGGGACUAUGGACGAUUAGCUUUAGUUCAAGUCCAAGAACGUUGGACUCAAUUAUUUUAUGGUACUACUGAAGAAGUGGGAGCGAGACGUGAUAGUCAAGAUAAUGCUUCAAUUGAUUCCGUUUUGAAAAUGGAUCAAGGGUGUUUUGCGUGGAUUAUGGCUGUGUUUAACAUCACUGAAGAUCGUUUACGUUCGAAAUGUGGUCCAGAUGCGUUGCAUUACAUCUCAUUUCAAAAACAUCUGUUACUGUUAACGACUAUAUUUACGGUGGUUGCAUUAUCAAUAAUUCUACCGAUUAAUUUCAUGGGAGUGCUUCAAGGGGAUGAAACUACUUUUGGACAUACAACAAUCAGCAAUUUGGAUACAGGUAACCCUUUAUUAUGGGUGCACAUAGUUCUUGCAUUCUUAUACAUACCGAUUACGCUAUAUGUAAUGAGUAGAUGUUCGGGGCGAGUCCCCGAUGCCGAAGCUAUGGGUAAAACGAUUAUGGUUACAAAUAUCGCAUAUGCACAUCGAAAUCAAUCCGAUAUUUUUCAUUAUUUCCGAUUAGUUUUCAAAAAUAUAACUUUUCGAAAUGUAGAAUUGGCGUACGAUGUUGAUAAAUUAACAAAAUUGGUUGACGAUUUACAGCGGGUUUCAAAUGCUCGCCUUCAAGCAGAAGCUCAUUUUAAACGGACUAAUGAGCGAUUAAAGGUUGUGCCUAGCGGUUGUUUUUUAUGCCCUUUCUCGAAAGAAGAUGCUAUUGAGUAUUAUAUGCGAGAAGAAUGUCGGUUGUUAAAUGAAGUCGAUCAAGAACGUUCCCGUGCCCUAGCAAGACCAUUAGGUAUUGCUUUCGUAACAGUGGGUAGUGCAGAAGCCGCUGACUAUAUUGUGCGUAAAUUUCAACCAGGAACAUUACGAAAUUGGGUUGUAAGUCAUGCUCCAGCCUCAUCGGAUAUUUUCUGGGAAAAUUUAAGUGUUAAAACCGAAUUUUGGUACUUGAAGGCCACCAUUAUUAACUUACUCCUUUUCAUACUGCUAUUCUUUCUAACAACUCCCGCAAUUAUCGUCAAUAAUAUCGAUUCGAUAUAUAUUAUUCAUAAAAAUAUUUUCGAUAAAGUGAGUCCUUUGAUUUCGGAAUUCUUACCAACACUUUUAUUGUGUACAGUUGCAGCCCUUUUACCGGUUAUUGUUACAUAUUCCGAUAAAUGGUUGGCAUAUUGGACACGUUCCCAACAGAAUUAUAACAUUAUGCAAAAAACGUUCUUUUUUCUCUUAUUCAUGGUCCUAAUUCUCCCUUCUUUGGGAUUAACGAGUAUCCAAACUUUUGUUGAAUGGUCUCUUGAACCUCGAAAUCAAUCAAUUCGUUGGGAAUGUGUAUUUUUACCCGAUAAAGGUGCUUUCUUCGUCAAUUACGUUAUAACUUCUGGCUUAAUUGGAACCGCUUUGGAGUUGAUACGUUUCCCCGAAUUAUUCAUGUAUGGUUGGUGUAUGUUCCAAGCAAAAUCAUCUGCUGAAAUUGUUAACAUUCGUAAAGCAAUUCUACUAGAAUUUCCCUUCGGAGUCCAUUACGCAUGGACCUUGCUUGUAUUUACAAUCGUAACGACCUACAGUUUAAUAUGCCCCCUAAUCACCCCCUUUGGUUUAAUGUACUUUAGUUUAAAACAUUUUGUGGAUCGGUAUAAUUUAUAUUUUGCCUAUGGACCAUCAAACAUGAUGAGUCAUGGAUCAAAUCACAUUCACACGAGUGCGAUUUAUUUGAUCCGAAUAUCGCUAGCGUUGUUACUUGCAAUUAUGGCUGGAUUUACAACGCUCCGCGGUGGUAUGGAUACGAUGGCCUAUGUGACAAUCAUUGGAUUAAUUAUAAGCGUAUUUGGAUUAUUCUGUUUUGUAAAACCGUGUAAAUCGUGUACUCGUGUCCAAACCGUAGAGUUCCCAGAAAAUGAGAUCAAUGACGAUGAUAUAGAAACAGAUUAUGUUGCUCCAGUUUUACAACCGAAUCACUUUUUCGAUGAUAACGAGGCUGUUAAUUUACCGUGUACGCAGAAUUAUGGAACUUCAGUGCCCCAAAAUCAGGAAGAUUUAAAUAGUGAACUAAUUACUAAUGUUACACUGUAAAUAAGUUCUCAAAAAUAACCUCCACAUAACCGUUUUUUUUAUGUCCGACAUUUUGUUUUUCAUUUGUUUUGCUUAGUUUACAAAUUGUGAAAAAACACAAUUAAAUUUAAGUUUUUAUUAUAGUCUAGUCUUGCUUAAUUGUAAAUUAUAGUCUUGUUACUGCAGUGUUAUUCACCUCUAUCUCGGCCCCCUUUUAAAUUUGAAUUAUUCAAUGAGUUAAUCAGCUAAUUUAACGGCUCUGUUCAGAGGAGAAAGCCGCUAUGAAACUUUGGUAUAAUUUACAACAAGUGAAAUCGUUUACCCUACGAAAACUUCGUUGUAUAUUUAUAAACAGUAAUGCCACCUUAGUUCAUUCAUCAGAUGUGCCCUUAACACUUGCACAACGACUUUGUCUCCUGAACGCAGCCAAAUGUAUACAACUGAAAUUAAGUUCACUAAAUUCCAUGUUUUUUAAUUUACUACGCUCAAAUUUCUAA